AUGUCUGGACUGGGACCAGGCAAUGAUGUGCCCGACGUGACACAGGGUCCGGCACUGCUCGGUGUAUCAGUGACCAUGACUGCAUUGGCACUCUUGACCAGUAUACUCCGGUUCUGUGUUAGAGUGAGAAUCAAUCGAAAGGUCGUGUGGGAUGACUUGGUCUUGGGAGUGGCCAUGCUUUUUGGACUGAUCGGCGCCAUCAUGACCCUCGUCGAAGGAGCCAACCAAGAAAACAUGACUACUGUCAUCAAGUUCGACUAUCUUUCCCAGCCUUGGCUCUCACUGACCUCGGCACUGAGCAAGGUGUCCAUAUGCCUCUUCUUUCUCCGACUCGUGUCUCGAAUUAGGGCUUGGAAGAUUGUACUGGGAGCACAGGCCUCCAUGAUUGUCCUCGUUUCCCUGAUAUACUGCUUCACAACGCUGCUGCAGUGUCGCCCCCUCGAAAAAUUGUGGAACAUGUCAGUGGAUGGAGAGUGCUGGGGCAUGGAAGUUCAGCAUGGCAUUGAAUAUUUCCAAGGCGCUUAUGAUGUGUUUUCUGGGCUGUUUAUCGCCCUCUUUCCUCUCAUGGUCAUUCGUGACUUGGGAAUUUCGCGUGGUCUCCGUUUGCCUUUUUAUAUCCUUUCCAUCACCAGCGUUGUGUGA